AUGUCAUCGUCGACAUCACAAAAAUUUCGAGAUUUCACCGGUGAACCUUUGAAAGAUAAAGAUAUAUGUGAAGUACCUGGUUUAGGACCAAAGCUAGCAAAGAAUUUAGAAGAAAAUGGAAUCAAGAAAGCGUAUGAACUAUUAGGAAUCUAUUUGACUUUACUAAAAAACAAGGAUUACUUCGAACUGUGGAUUCGUGACAAUGCCGGUGCCAAUCGUCAUCAAGCAAAACAGUGUUCGGAUGCUAUCGAUGCAUUCUGUUCGCAAUUCUUAUAA